ACCGGGAAUUUCCGUUUUCCUCUUGAAGACCGAAGCGGGUGCAUGUGUGUGCCAGGGUUUGCCUUGUCAUUGUAUCCUGAGAGAAACGCGUGGUCAGCGACACCACCGACAGCUUCACUGCAGCGUUACUGGUACAUGGUUCUGUGUGAAGUCUGACUUUAGGCUCGACAUGGACACUGAAAUGAGUGGAGACGUUUUAACUGCGUCAGAAAGUUCAAAGCAAGAGGACACUGAAAUGGAGAAAGAGAUUGUGUCAAAGUUGGAGACCACAGAAGAAUUCACAGAGCCUGAGAACCCUCCAGCUGCUGAUGAAGUGACCGAGCAGCUGGCGGUGAAUGGCCAUGAUAAAGAAGUCAUAAACUUGACAGAAACAGAAGAGUUGAUUGUGACAGAAAAUGUUGCGCUGUCUGAGGAAAAAAAAGAAAUGGCGACUGAGGACAGCAUGCCCAGAGAAAAAUCUGAAAUGGAGUCCGUGGCCAAUUUGGUCGCCCCACCAGACCCAGAUGAGUCAUCUGAAAUAGUCUCUGAACCACAUGUAGCUUUAGACGCAGAACCAGAAAACAUCCAGCUCUUGCCAGAGAACGACCCAGAACCUGUGCCUGUGCCUGUGCAAACACCUCUGGCCGAGAGUGUCCCUGAACUAGAGCCAGAGAAAUUGGCAGAAUCAGUUUCACAAGCUGAACCACAAGAGCAAACAUUAUCUGAACCAACUGCGCUGCUGCUGCCACCAGUACAUAAGCAGUCUCCUAGCAAAGAGGAGAACAUGUCAGAACAAGUGGAAACUGAGACAGAAUUGCAGAUGACAACAACUAAUGGGGAGGAAGAAGUUGCAGAAGAGGAGGUUGUGGAAAAAGAUGUCGUAGCUGAGCCGACAAAGGAGGUGGCAGAAGAAAAAGUGGCGGAGACUGUGAUGGUGGCAGAGGUUUCCCCAGAAAAGCCAACAGAAGCUGUGACACUGAUGAAGGUAGCUGAGCCUACCAAGGUUGUGGAAGAAGAAAAAGCAGCCGAGAAUGUGCUAGUGGCAGAGGUUCCCUCUGAAAAGCCAACAGAAGUGGUUCCAUUGAAAGAAAAGUCAUCAGCUGAAAUAGGAUCUGUGAAAACUUCAGAGGCUGAGAAUGAAGUUAAACCGGAAAAAACUGCUGAUACUCUAAAAGGAGCUGCAGCACCAGAUGCAGCACCAGAUGCAGCACCAGAUGCAGCACCAGAUGCAGCACCGGCAGCAGCAGCAGCAGCAGGUGAAACAUCUGAGAAGAACGAGGCUGAGGUUCAAAAGGAAGAGGAUGCAGUCCCUGUGUCUGGCUCCCUGUCCUUUGCCCUCCUGGAAAGACAGCAAACCAAAGACUCCAUGCGAACCUCUCGUACACUUGUCGUCCUCAGAGGCCUUCCAGGAAGCGGUAAAAGCUUCCUGGCGCGUGCCAUAGCCGACGCCUAUGAAGACCACUGCACUCUGAUCUGUGCUGAUGACCAUGGUAUAAAGCCAGAGAAUCCGGAAUCUUCUGUGGAUGGGUACAAGGCUCUGGAUGAGGCUGUGGUGGCCUGCUGCAAUGCAGGAACAACCUCCUCUGUGCUGAUAGUGGUGGAUGACACCAACCACACCCAGGAUCGGCUGGCUCGCAUGGGGGAAAUUGCAGAGCAACACCACCUUGUCACUGUCUUUCUGGAGCCACUUACUGAAUGGAGCAGAGAUCCAACUCAGCUAAUCAAGAAGACCAAGCGUGGACUGGAGGAGGCCCAACUGGAAACCAUGAGAGGUCCACUAGAGGAAAUAUCCCUUCCUCUCUUCUUUGGCUGGUUUCUUCUCUCCUCCGUCCAGGACAAGGUCCGAUGCACAUCAAUGGACUUCCUGAAGACGCUGGACACAUUGGAGGCCUUCAAGAAACACCUGAGUGACUUUACUGGGAAAGCUGAGAAGGAGGUGGAUUUGGAGCAGUACUUUCAGGCCAAAGGCACACUCCAUUGCACUACGAAAUUCUGUGACUACGGAAAAGCACCUGGUGCCAAAGAAUAUGCUCAGAAUACAGCGGUCAAAGAUUACUACGGUUCUGCAUUCGAGCUGUCCCUGAGUGCCCUCUUUGUGACUCCUCGCACUGUUGGUGCCAGAGUGUCCCUCACCGAGGAGCAGCUUUUGCUGUGGCCAGCUGAUGCCAUAGAGGAGGCUGGGUCUGCCUCCCUGCCUCUGGGAAGCCGUGCACAUAUCACCCUGGGAUGUGCCGAGAAUGUUGAGCCAGUUCAAACGGGUCUGGAUCUGCUUGAGAUCCUGACCCUGCAGCAGGAUGGCCAACAGGGGGAGCCCAUCGAGGAGAUGGAGCUUGGCUCGCUGACCUAUUACGGCGAAGGAAGGUGGCUGCUCACCCUCAGAGAGCCUAUCUGCACCCCAGCCCGCUUCUCCAGCUUCUACGGGCGCAAAAAGGUAGAGCCAACCAAAAAAGAACCAGAGAAGAAGAAGAAGCAAAAGUGCACCAUACUGUAAAUGGCAAACAUGGGGAUGUGUGGCCGGGAUGACUGGGGAAUUAAAGUUGGGCUUACUCUGUGCAAGGUUUGUGUGUUUGUGCAGUGUUUAGGGUUUCAGUUAUAGCCACCCUAAAUCCACAAGCUGUGUGCCUUUAGUACUGUUGAUUUGCACCACAACCCAAGAUGCCUUUAAUACAGAUAGGCUUGUUGACAAACGCUUUUCAGUAUCUUGUUUCACAGAUCUGUUGAAUUUCCUGGCUAUUUGAUGAGGCGGUAGCUGCAGUUUUAGACUAAUGUAGUAUAGCAUCCCGCUACAGCGCCACAGUUAUUGACAACUUAGAUCUCCUGCUCUGUAUAUGUCAUUGUCUCUCAGUAUUCAGAUGUUAAAAAUUAGGUACUUUCAUUGCAUGCAUCCCAGUAUCAGCAUAGUAGCAACUGUCUGCCUUUUCUAAGAGACACUUUGCCGCUUCCUUUUGGCUUAGUUGUAAGUGAAAAAGAUUAGCUCUCAUUUCCGUUCAAGUGUGUCUCUGUGUGCUGCCUAUGAAAUAAUUGUUACAACAGCAUAUGGGCCAAAGUUAUCCAAUUGAUUAAGUGUAUUAAAAUGAAUGUCAUUAAUUGAGGUCGUUCCUUGUAAAAUCUUUGCACAGUGCAUAGUUUAAAGGGAGAAUGCUGAUGAAUUGUGUUUGUUUUAACAGCUUGCACUUAGUUCUUAUCAAAUGCUGUGAAUCCAAGUUCAUGUUUUGCAAUGUUUUCUACUGUUCAAGACUGCAUCAUUGAUCUGUUUUAUUCUCUUUGAACAGCACUUCCAUGUAUUGCAUUUCAAUUUGUAUCCUUUGUGACUAAUUUUUGAAGGACAAUUCCUACUUCGUGUAGCUCUUAUGAAUCACUAUUUUUGCACUUGUUUUGUACACUUAAUAAAAAAGAACAUGCUUUGCUCCA